AUGGCAGCGCCCGCGAAGUCGCGGCGCCUGGCCGAUGGCCAGCGGGCACGGCGCGCAGCCGCUCCGAGGGCCUGCGUUGGAGUCGGAUGCCUCGCCUUGUGUGCGCGCGGGGCACAGCAUCUCUUCCCGAUGGGCGGAGGACUUCAUUUGGAGCCCUGCGCCUCACUGCCCAUGGACCGGCUCGUGAAUCUCAGCAGUGUCGCCCGUGAUGCUGAAGCUCAGGCACGGAAGUUCACCGAGGACGACUACUUCGUCCUGGAGGCAGAGGCGGUUUUGGCCAAGGCCCUGAAGCGACUCGAGGCCCCCAACGCUGGCGACGCGGCCGCCCAGGCUGCAAAGGACCUACGCAAUACGCCCGUCUUUGCUGAGGCGUGA